CUCCACCAUCUUCGAACCAAAUUAUUCUCAAGAUUAAGCUAUAUACUCAAGAUUGGGUUUAUAGUUUAACUCGGCUAAAGGUGCGGUCCAUUGGUGAAAUUUUAUAUUCUGAGAACCUAAUUCCUCAAAGCUACAAGCUGGAAAUUAAUAGAAUCCAGAUCAUUCGAUGGAGAAGGCCUUACCGAGGUUGGAAGUUGAAUGUUGAUGCGAGCUUCUCCCGUGCUGGAGCUAGUGGAGGCGCGGUGCUUCGAGACUCCAAGGGGGAGAUGGUGAUGGCGAUCUUCUUUCCUCUUCAGGCAUCCUCAAUUGUGGAAGCUGAGCUGAAGGCGAUUGUCUUCUCCAUCCGAUGGGCGGUAGGUGAAGGUUUUCACGACCUCUUGGUGGAAUUUGAUUCGAAAAUGGCGUUGGAGUAUUUGUCUGGACGAGAAACGAGAAUGUGGAAAGAUAUGGAGCCCGUUUGGAGAACUCUGUUUUCGGCUUAUCAGGCUUAUCAGCCAGCUUUUUCACCAAAAACGUAACUUUUACUUUCGCGCGCUGAAUUGUGUAAUAAGCCGAAAAAGUAAGGUUGGAGUUACUUUUCUGGCUGUAUUGGCUGAAGUUACUGUAGAGGACCAUUUUAGCUAUUUUUACAUAUAAUUUUUUCUUUAAUUUAUUAAUAAAAUAUAUUUUUAAAAUAUUUUUUUCUUAAAUCAGCAGAAUCAGCCAAAACAGCCACUCCAGCCAGAAUAUCAUAAAUUUCAGCAGAAUCAGCCAAAACAGCCGAUUUUGGUGCUAUCAAACGGGCUCAUGAUUCAGGAAGUUCUACAGAUUAUUUUUAGAAAUCAGGCUAAUUUGGGUCACACGAUGCGGGAAGGCAACUGGGUUGCUCAUUUUAUUGCAGAGGCCCAACUUAAUCAGACUCGGAUCUUUAGAAGCCCAAAUCAGCUUCCAACGGCUGCCAAAAGGGCCUACUGGAUGGACUUCUUUGGUUUGCCUUCAUUUAGAUUUUAGCUCUUUUUAUUUAUCUUUAUCUGUACUGUUAUUUUGGGUCAGGUCUAGCCCCCCCAAAAUAUUUGUUUUCUUUCUUCUGAUGUUUUUUCUGGUUGUUGUUUCUUUCUUUGUAUUUUUCAGGGGUAUGCCCCUGAAGGGAGGUUUUGGUCUGGUCCCCCUCCCUUUUUUUUCCUCUUUGAAUAUUAAUAAAAUACCGGCAAAUGUUCCCCGGCAUUUGCCCCACUGAUUUUGGUGGUUUGCCUUCCGGGUUAAAAAAAAAAAUUGUUUGUGAG